AUGUACAGCAUGAACUACAUUGGCAAGUUCAUUAGCAACUUUCGUGAUUUUUACAAUGAAAUUAAUGCGGCUACUCUUACUGGAGCUAUUGAUGUAAUUGUCGUUGAGCAAGAUGAUGGAUCAUUCACUUGCUCGCCUUUUCACCAUGAAAAGAUACUACGCGAUUCAGUGCUGUCGAUAGAACGUGAAAAGUUGGAGCAGAUGUCUUCGUUGCCAGUAGAUCAACGUGAAAAAUUUUUAAUUGAACAAUUUUCGGAUUUACCUGCUGAACAUCGAGAAAAAUGGCUGCAAAUAGCUUCGAUGACAUACGAAGAGCGCAGUAAAAUAUUUGAAGAAAGUUUGAGCGCAAUGUCAACUCGACAGAAACAGCAAAUGAUACGUGAUGAAUAUUCGGCGUUGAAGAUAGAAGAUAGAGAACGGUUGUUUAAAGAAAAUUUUCCGGAACUGCCAGCUGAGCAGAGACCAAAGUUCGAGAAAGCAUUGUUGAAUGAUUGGAAAAGUAAAGAGGAUGACUAUGAAAAUGAAGAAAAAUGGAAAGGUCACGAUAAAAUUUCGCUACAAGCUGAGGAAGAAAUUUUUGAUAUGGAUAACAUCAAUGAAGAUGAAACUAAACCUGUGUCAACACCAAAAUCUUUCGUCGCUGUUACUUCAACGGAGAGAAUAAGAAAAAUAAGCGUUGUUAAUAAUGAUUUUAGACCUAUUACCGAUGAUCCGUCAAGUGAUGCUAGAGAAAAAACUUCACGUGAUGAAUCUAGUACUGUGGAAAAAAAAUCUCAUGUUGAAGGAAUCACAGAUGAAGUAAAAGUUCAAACUUCAUCGUCAUCUAAACGUAAAAGGAGAAAGAAGAGUCUUAUGAAGAAAAAAGGAGCUCAAAGAAAAGCAAGCAAUGGAAGUAGCAGUCAAACAGAAGUCAGUGAGACUGAGACAGCUCCACCAACUGAAGAGUCACCUAAUGAACCAGUAUUAAAGAACUCCAGUCCAAUUAUUGAAAGUGAAACCAAAACUACUGAAGAAUUACCACCACCAUCGGAUUAUCAUUUCUUCAGUGACACUGAAAUUACUAAGAACCGGGAUUCCAGGCCUUGCUCACCCGUUCAAUCUGACACGGAAUUUGAGAUGCGUAAAAUUGAACAGCAACGUGAAGAAGGUAAAGAACGCGAAGAUGACAAGAGCCAUCAGCAGAGUUGGAGAUGGGGUGAAUUACCAAGUCCACCAAUUGAUACGCCUCAUGCUCUUAACUCUGUUACAACUGUUAUUCAACCAAAUGACGCAGAGGCACAACGUUCUAUGCUCAGUGGUAUGUUCUCCUUCAUGAAGAAGACAUCGCGCGUAAGACACAAUCCAGAAUCAGAGGGCAUUUACCUGAGUGAUUUGAAUGCAGAUGAAUUGGAUCCUGAAGUAGCUGCCCUUUAUUUUCCCUCUUCCCAUCGCGGAACUACCGUGGCGAAAGGAGAUAAACAAGCUGACGAAGAAGAUACUGAAUCUGGUAAUGGCCCAAGCUUACCCCAGAGUCCUAACAGCGUAGAGGGUGCUAUUGGAGGCCCAAAAUCACUGGACAGUGAUUUUGAAGAAUCUAAACAAUCAUUGUUUGAAAAUAAUAUUGAUAUAAGUUUAUCAUUAUGUGGUGGCUUGGACACUGAUGACGGUCCAAGUGAUGAAUUAUUUCAACAGAAUUUACUUCAAUACGACGAUCUUUGUAAUGAUACUAAAUUAUACGAAAAUCAAAAUUUAGUAAUUAAAAUAAAUGGUAAAUAUUAUAAUUGGACAACAGCUUGUCCAAUUAUUAUUUCACUGGCUGCUUUUCAACGUGGCUUACCACAACAUACCAUUGAAAAUUUAUACGCGCAAUAUGGCUCACUGCCGAUGCACCAAGACAAUAAGAAAGAAGCUGCCAGUAAAACAAACGAAACAAGAACCGGUUAUAGUUCAUGGUUCUCGUGGAGGCGUUCAUCGUCACAGCCGCCUAAAAAACUUUCCGAAACCGUUGACCAAGACGGAGAGUCGAUCCCGAUAGAAAACAGUCAACCUACUGAAUUAUUAGAGCCUGCAAUUGAUGUCGAAGAAAUUGACUCGCCAUCUAAAACUCUAGAAAAAGAAGAAGAAGAAGAAGAAGAAGAAGAAGAAGAAGAAGAACAGGUGAUUGGAGAAUUAAAUGAUGUAGAGAAUGAUUCAUUAGGCAAGCCCGAAGAAAAUAAUGUGGUUCAGUCAUCAGUUGAGCGAGCUAAUGAAAAACCGGAAGGCGAAGGGUACAGCGGAAGUGAAGACUCAGAUAGCAAUCCAAACGAGACUCAAGGAGUUAGAAUACCAGAACGACGAAGACCGUACUAUGAAUCUGGUGAAAAGUAUCGCAAAACAUUGAGACUUACAUCUGAACAAAUAGAAAGCUUGAAUCUUAAAGAAGGACCUAAUGAAGUUGUAUUUAGUGUUACCACGGCUUAUCAAGGUACAUCACGUUGUAAGUGUCACAUUUAUCGAUGGAAAUGGAAUGAUAAAAUAGUAAUAUCUGACAUCGAUGGAACUAUUACAAAGUCUGAUGUAUUAGGACACAUUCUGCCGAUUGUAGGAAAAGACUGGGCCCAAUCGGGUGUUGCUCAACUUUUUACUAAGAUUAAAAAUAACGGUUAUAAGUUAUUGUAUUUAUCAGCGCGUGCUAUUGGUCAAGCGCGUGGUACAAGACAGUAUUUGAAAAGUAUAAAACAGGAUGAUCUUUCACUUCCCGAAGGACCUCUACUUUUGAAUCCCACCAGUCUUUUAUCUGCAUUCCAUCGGGAAGUUAUUGAGAAAAAACCCGAGCAGUUUAAAAUAUCUUGUCUCAGUGAUAUUCAGGCGCUAUUUCCUGAAGGUUCUAAUCCGUUUUACGCUGGAUAUGGCAAUCGAAUAAAUGAUGUGUGGGCUUAUAGAGCUGUUGGUAUUCCAAUUACACGAAUUUUUACAAUUAAUCAUCGUGGAGAGUUGAAGCAUGAGUUGACUCAGACAUUCCAGUCAUCAUACUCAAAUAUGAGUUACAUUGUGGAUCAUUUAUUCCCAGCAUUGAGAGAAGAUGCUUCUGAUGAAUUUAGUCAUUUUUCAUAUUGGCGAGAUCCAAUUCCAGAAUUGCCAAAUCUCAAUGAAUUACUUAUUGAAAAUCAACCUUCUCAAUAA